AGGUUUCGCUACUAUCAGAAUGUCUGCACUUCCAGUUAUUCAUUUGUCUGGUGGGACUGGGCCAGAUGGGAGAAGGAGAUAGACUGGAUGGCUCUGAAUGGAAUCAAUAUGCCCCUCGCGUUCACAGGGCAGGAAAUUAUAUGGAGAAAGGUAUAUUUGUCUUUGGGAUUGACUGAGAAAGAAGUUGAUGAAUUUUUCACUGGGCCAGCAUUCUUGGCUUGGGGUCGAAUGGGAAAUAUUCACACUUGGGGAGGUCCUUUGUCCUCCAACUGGAUGAAUGAACAGUAUUCCUUACAGCUUAAAAUCCUAAAAAGAAUGCGAUCUCUUGGAAUGAUUACAGUGCUGCCUGCAUUUGCUGGACACAUUCCUUCAAGUUUACUCAGGGUCUUCCCGAAAGCUUGUGUGACCAGACUUGGUGGAUGGAGCAACUUUAAUUGCACAUACUCCUGCAGCUUUGUUCUGGACCCUGAGGAUCCCCUUUUCCAAAGGAUUGGGGGACUUUUUAUGAGUAAGCUCAUCCAAGAGUAUGGAACUGACCAUGUUUACAAUGCAGACACCUUCAAUGAGAUGACACCAACUAGUUCUGAUCCCUCCUAUUUGUCUGCGGUCAGCAAUGCCAUCUUUAAAUCUAUGGUCAAUGUGGAUCCUGGAGCCAUCUGGAUGUUGCAAGGCUGGCUAUUUGUUAAUAAUCCAACUUUCUGGAGACCGGCACAGAUUAAGGCCCUUCUCCAUGGCACCCCAAUUGGGAGAAUCAUAGUUCUGGACUUGUUUGCAGAAACUAUUCCUGUUUAUCAGUACACAGAGUCUUUUUAUGGGCAACCAUUCAUUUGGUGCAUGCUGCAUAACUUUGGUGGGAACCAUGGUUUAUUUGGAAAAGUCGAGAGUGUAAAUAAAGGACCCUUUGAUGCCUUGUCCUUCACCAACUCUACUAUGAUCGGAACAGGACUUACCCCUGAAGGCAUUGAGCAGAAUGACAUGAUAUAUGAGCUGAUGAAUGAAAUUGGUUGGAGAUCCAAGCCUGUCAAUCUCACUGUAUGGAUCUCUGAUUAUUCUGACAGGCGUUAUGGCCAGAAACAUCCCUAUGCACGGGCCGCAUGGCAGUUGCUUCUAGGUAGUGUGUAUAACUGUACUCAGGACUGGAAGGAUCACAAUCACAGUCCUUUAGUGAGACGGCCAUGUCUAAAUAUGAACACAAAUAUUUGCUACAAUAAAACUGACCUGUAUGCAGCUUGGAAAUUAAUGCACCAAGCAGGUACUUCCUUGGCAAAUAGUAGCACUUUCCUCUAUGACUUGGUGGAUGUUACCAGGGAAGCUAUGCAGCUGCUGGUUACUGAAUAUUACCAGGAGAUCAAGACUGCUUAUAAAAAUGAGGAUCUAGAAAGAGUUAUGACAGCAGGUGGCCUGUUGGUGUAUGAUCUCCUGCCUGAACUUGAUAAUCUGCUUUCCAGCCAAUCUCAGUUUUUGCUUGGCCGAUGGUUAGAGUCAGCUCAGAAGAUGGCAAGCACCAAAGAUGAGGCUAUUCUGUAUGACAUGAAUGCUCGUAACCAGAUUACAUUAUGGGGUCCCACUGGCAAUAUUUUGGACUAUGCCAACAAGCAACUAGGGGGGCUAAUUCAAGAUUAUUAUAAAAAGCGUUGGCGUCUCUUUCUGUGGUACUUAGUUGAGAGUCUUAAUACAGAAGUACCCUUCCAGCAAAGCAAGUUUAAUCAGGCUGUCUUCACUGUGGAAAAAGGGUUCACCUAUAAUGGCAAGACCUAUAGUUCCACUCCCACUGGAGACACCAUUGCAAUAGCCAGAAAUAUUUUUAUAAAGUAUUUUCCAAAAAAAUAA